UUGCAAAUGGCCAAUCGUCGAGAAAUGGCUACAGUAUAUGUGAAGUAUUUUUCCUUCUCAAAAAUCGACGAUAAAUAGUAGUCUAAUCGGGCGAAAGUUAUUCGCAAGUGAUACACUGACUGAUUGUGCGUAAGCGUAAGGUGUUAUUUAGCGUAUCCGCGUUGAGGCCAGUGUGUAAAAGCUGGCAGCGAAAAAAGAAAUAUUGCUUUGGAUCACUCGGGGAUAUAUUUGAAAAAAAAAACAGAAAUUAGUGUCCUACCGCUUCUCGACUACACUGAAAGCAGCGAGCUGUGAAUAAUCCCCGUCCUACACACACACACGCCUAUAGGCAUAGGCUACAUUUGCAACAGUACACACGAACACACGUAUAGACUGCAAUCGCUAGCGCAGCAACUCACAGAGUCAGCUGUCAGCCAAAGCGCCGCGGCGUUGCAUAAUUGCAGUGCGAUUUAUUCGACGCGCAAAGAAAUUAAACUCGUUGCGCGGAGAGCAGCAGCAGAACGACGCACCAGCGACGAGCGCAGCGCAAAGCAAUGAACGACGCAGAAUAGUCAUACCUCUAUAGCAACAGCCAGCCAGCCAGCAGUAGUAGUAGUGGCACCCACCACAUCGAAGAAGGCGACGUUUCUCGAUCGAUCGACCGCGCAUCCUCGUGGCUUCGUGUUCCCGUUUGUCAUUUCUCAUCAAGUGCCGGUCGAGGACAAGCAAAAAAAAAAAACGAAAAAAAAAACAAAACACGACGGCAAAUUCCAGACACUGCGCGCGCAACACGUUAAUCCGUGUGUUCUCGUGACGGGGUUUUUGUUCCGUGAUCGUGAUGAAUAGUGAACCUUUAUCAUUUACCUAGUCCUCGUUAUAUUGUGUGUUGUGCAAGCAAUAAAGUGGACAAACAAUUCAAAGUGUGAACGAAAGUGAACUAAACUCUAUACUGUGUUAAUCGAGUGUACAAGAAAGAGCAGAGAGAGGUGGUGCAUCCGGUUUUCUGUCUUCUGAUAAACUGAUAAACACGCACAAAUAUUUGGGAGAUCGCACCAAAAAGAAUACAAUCUCGUUGAUACAUUUUACGCGAUUUCUUAUACGUCUGAAACAAAAUCACACCCAAAAACAAAAAAGCAACUCACAAGUGCGUUUAACUGAAGACAAAUAAUUGCAUCAUUUGCAGCGCAGCUUAAGUAACGAAAAGGAAAGAUAGAGAGAGAGCUAGCAAAACAAAUCAACCAAAUCAUCGAUCCUACCUAUACUUGCAACUCGUACUCAGAACCAAAUUUUGUUGGAAUAACUAAGCAACUUACUCCUAGGCUAUAGUAUACAUCGUAUCGAAGUGUUGUAUCUCUCUGGGACGGUGAAAACAAACAACAACCAGCACAGCAACAACGGGCGCGCCAGCGCAGCAGGAGAAAACAAACACCAAAAGAGCACAUCAACCGUUCCUUUAUGAAAGGAAAAACAUCAUACUGCAAUUCCGAGUGAAAUUGAAACACAAAGAUCGAAUAAUACAAAACUAUUGGUAGUAUCGAGCGCUCCGUAGUAGUGGCACGCCGGAAGCCGGAAGCUUUUAGCGAAAGCUUGAUUCGCACAACAUUCGUUCGUGAUCUUGACAAUAUAUCUUUGAGGUAGUGCUUACGAAAGCUCACAUUAGUAGUAGCAGUACAGAAAACCGUUCUAAUGUGUGUGUGUGUGUCACACGCAUAGUAAAAGUACAUUAAAAAAAACCACCGACUAGAAUAGCAAGAAUCCGGAAUAUCAGCGAACGAUCUAGUGCUGCGACGUCGGAGUGUGUCUGCCGAUCGAUCUCGCUCGAUCAAUCAGCAGCAAACCACCUAGUGAGUGUGUGUCGAAAAGUCGAAGGUCUCAGACCCGUGUGAGCUAAGCACAGCGCGAUUUUACGGCGAGACCCUAAUAAUCCACCAGCACAAAAACGUUUAACGCCAUCCGCUAGCAGCAGCAUAACUCAUCACGCAUCAUUCAUCAUAAUCAUCAUCUUUUUGAAAGAUAUUCAGUAAAACCCCAAUACGCCGUUGAAUUCAACAAUAAAAACGACUACAAACACAACAGUGAAGAAUCUGACAUUCGUUAACAGAUAGGAUUGAGCAAGUGAUACGUCGUCUAAAAGCAAUCCCCCUGCUCGGACACCCACGUGUGUGCGUGUGUGUUCGGUGAAGGAUCGUUCAAGUACAACAAAGUGUUAGUGUGUGUGUGUCAUCUUUCUUAAGGAACGAUUGCUUUCUCUCGUGUCGCUAGGCGACGAAAUCCAUCGGGUGUAGUUGCUUCUUUGGAUGAGAAGCCAGCCUGCCAAGCAAUAAAAGGAUUAGCAGCAGCAGCAGCAGCAGCAGCACACCCAAAAAACUAACCGCCUUGCACCACCAUACAUGCUGGCACCGCACGGCGGCAAGAAGUGUUAUAAAGUCAACCAAAAACUCCAAUAGAUUAACGAUUCCUAGCAGUAUUUGCCAAGUUUCUUGUCGGUUGUUUGUUGAAACACUCGCGGUGUGGUAGAGAGAAGAAAAAACAAAACAAAACAAAACGCUUAAGCAGGCUGUAGCGCACUGCAAUUGAUCUUAUUACUAGUACCACACUACCGCAAGCUAUAUUACUAUUAUUACUUCUACUACCCUCUACUACUACAACCAACCAACAAAGCAAGCAACCAACCACCCAGCAGCAAGAGUAUAUAGUCGGGAACGUAGCAUAAGAAUAAUUGUUGCUGUGUGUUGCCAUUAACUCAACACUACUUCACCAACAAGUCUGAAUACGCUUUUAUGAAUUUACUUAAAAAGGACAACAACCAAUUAUUGCUCGAUGUUACAAACUCAAAACCAGUAGCACCAAUAAUUGACACUAACUACUACUACUACUACAACUACUACUACUACUACUAUUGCUACUGCGUCGUGUUGCUGAACGUGAUGCAAGGAAGGACACUAUUGUAGCAGUAAAGAGGAGAUAGUGCGGAAGGGCAACGGGCAGCGGUUACAACUCGAUAGAAGAAUCAACGUCACAAGAAGAGCAACUGCUACCAAACAACUAAUAUCCAUUAUUACUACUACUACCACACAAUCGAUCUAUGAGUCUGAAAUCACACACAAUCAGGGAUUGUUGCAUCGACAUCAUCCUCUCUUAACGUAGCUAAACUGUGUUUUGAUCGUCGUUACGCGCCAAGCAAGCAACGCAGUCGUAGUGUUGUGUUGUGGUUGCGUUGGGAGAGCACCGUACCGUGUGGUCUACUGCACAGUCCCCACUUCCAAAAACCGCUCAUCUCUCCAACGGCGCCAAAAUAAGAAAGCAAGAUUCAUCUCCCCGAAUAAGAGGACGGCACCACGGGUGAGAAACGCGCGCGACAGAGAGAGUGAGAGAGUGAGAGAGAGAAGAACAGGUGAUAUUAAUUUCCUUUAUUAUGUGCCAGUGUUCCUUAGCGGACGCACAAAACCACGUGAAACCAGCCACCACUAGACUAAAACCGUUCAAGCAACCGUUUUACACAUCUCCCGGUGAUUUCUACGUGGACGACGCCAGUCGAAUUCUUUGUGGUAUUUAUUAAACAGUUGAGAGACGCGCCGAAGUACAACACACAGAAUAACGUUGCACAUGCUCACCGUUGCUGCUUGCAAACGGCUUGCAGUAAAAGGCAUGCAAAUACUCUCUGUGUAGUAUCAUCGUCAUCGUCAUUGGAAGUGAAUAAUUAUCGUCGUUUCCAUCAACAACGCAACAACGUAUCAGCAGCAGCAGCAGCAUCAUCCCGUGUUCAAGCAGAAGAUGGUUAGCGGCCAGCAGGAGCAGCAGCAGGCCGAGGAAGCGAUGCAGAGUAACGAAAAUGACACUGUGAAUAUGAAAUGUGAUUUAUCUCAUUACCUGAUAGCUGUAAACAAAACUAAACUUAGCGUAAUUAGCGAAGCGGAGGACAAGAUGCCAGGGAAGACGAUAUCGAUGAUGUCAGCGAUGGAAGAAGAAGCACAGCAGCAGCUGGGUGAUGAGGAUGACCAAAUUAUAGCAAUUAAGAAUUCCACAUGCAAACCACCACUGAAACAAAGCGAUAAUAAUAUUGGUAAUGUAACGGAAAAGACGGAGCAGGAGCAGGAGCAGAAAACCAGGAACAACGAGGACGAUUCGCGUCGGGGUACCAGCCACAAGUACGUACAGUAUGCGGAGCUGCUCCGUUUGACGCAGCUCGAAUCGAGCAUCCGCAAGCAGGCACCGCACGCGCACAGCAUCCGUCUGAGGUUACGAGGCGGUGGGGAAGAUUCCAUCAACAACGGUACAAGUGCCUGGGGUACGCCCGCUGCCACGAACAAUCCGGCCGGCAGUACAUGGGGACCGAUCGGAGGUGGUGGCUCUGCGCAACAACAGCCGGGCGCAUCGGUUGGAGGCACGGCUGGUGGACCGCAACAGCAAGCGGGUGGAGUAUCAGGCACCGGUGCGUGGGGUGGUGCAGGACAGCAGAACGGAAGCGGAGGACAGACGUCGAAAACCAGCGCAACUCCAUCGAUCAAUCCUAAUAACGCGUCAGUUGUUGCACCGGAAGGAGCCGGUAACGGUGGCGGUGGAAAUGUGAGCGGUGGAGGCGCCGGUGGUCCUUGGAAUGGAUCUGCGGCAAACGCACAACAAGCUGCAUCCGCUGCUCAGGGCGGUGUCCAAGCCGCGGGUAACAAUGGAGGCGGAGCUGGUGGAGCUUUGCCUCAGGAUCAACAAGCAGGCGCCGUUGCUCAGCAAGCAGUAGCAGGAGCAGCAGGAACAGUACAGCAACAGCAAGCUCCUGGACAGCCAGGCCAACCGGAGGCAGCGGGUGCGGCAGGAGCAGCAACGGCAGCAGGAACGGCCGGCGGGGCAGCAGGCGUGGUGCAGUCGAGCGCCGCCAAAAACCAGCUGGAACAUCUGAACUCGCUCCGCGAGUCUCUGUUUGCCCAGGAUGGCUGGGGAUCGGAAAACGUUGAUCAGGACACCCAGUGGGACGUUCCGGCUUCUCCGGAGCCGGGCGGUAAGACGGACCCAAAUAGUGCCACCAGUGGCCCGAUGGCAGGCAUUCCGAUGUGGAAAACGAACACGGGUACGGAGCUGUGGGAGGCGAAUCUGCGCAAUGGCGGACAGCUGCCACAGCAACAGCCACCGGUACAGAAGACACCCUGGGGACCGGCCAACAAUUACGGUGGAACCUGGGGCGAGGAUGAUGAAGCUAACGAACCGGCCACCGGAUGGAAUGGGUCGAUGGGUGGUGCGGGUGUUGCUGGACCGGGCGGUCCAGCAGGGGUCGGUGGUAUGCGUGAUCAACCGCCCGGAGGGCCACAGCAAUCGCAACUCGCGGGUCAGCAGCAGCAGCAGCAGGCACAGCAACCACCGUGGAACACUGGAGGAGUUGGAGCUGGAGCUGGAGUUGGCGUCGGAGCGGGAGCCGGUGGUAUGUGGAGUGGAACCGGUGGCGGUGGUGCGCCCGGUGGCGUUGGCGCAAUGGCACCGAAUGUGGCCGCCGGCCUCAAGAAGGACAACGAGUGGGGUGCAGGCAUUGGAGCUGGGGCAGGAGCAGGCGGAAGCGGUGCUUGGGGAGCUGGUGCUGGCGGUGGCAGUGGGGCGGAUGGCCGUGUUGGUGGCAACCCGAUCGCUGCCGGCGCCGGAGGUCUCGAUCCGACCGGGCUGGAUAUGCGCAACAUACGCAUUGCCAGCGCAAUGGACAGCAACCGUGAGAUCCGUGGCGAUCCGCGUGGCAUUUCUGGCCGACUGAACGGCAACGUGGGCCUGUGGGAUCAGCAUCAGAUGUCGAGCAUGCAGCAGAAGAUGCCACCGACGGCCACCACACCGGGAACACCAACGGGAGCAGGCGUUGGAGCGCAAGGCGGAGGCAAUCAGUGGCCUUCGAACAAUCCGCUCGGUGCGGUCAAUAACGGAGUGGCUGGUGGUGGAGUCGGCGGAGGUGCUAAGCUGGUGGCCGGCUCUGGAUGGGACGAUCCGAACGCGGGUGGCCCGCCAGUGGUUCGCCGCAACAACAUGGACGAUGGAACCGCGCUAUGGGGCCAGAACGCUCUCAAUCGACAGAACUCCGGGAACGUAUCCGGCUGGAAGGAUAAUAGUGGCGGGGGACUGGGACCGCCCGGUGCGGACGGUGGAAUGGGACGAAAUCUAAUGCACCGGAACGUGAUGGUCGGUGGAGGGGGCAAUCUGCCUGGCAAUGGCGGACUUGUGGGACGCGGCGGAGUCGGUCCAGGCGGACCCAUGAAACCGGAUAGCCUGUGGGGACAAAACCCGGGAGCGGCACUCGGUGCCGGACCGCGUGGCGGAGGAGGCGGUGCCGGGAACUGGGGUGCAGAUGACGUGCCGUCCGGUGCGGGAGGAAGCAACUGGGGAGACGACAAAUCAUCGAUGGGAGGCACCUCGCUGUGGAACGACGGUAACAACUGGAACGCCAAGGGCAAAAUGUCGUCCUCGGGCGGUGGCGGCUGGAACGAUGGUGCGCCGGGAGGUGGCAGCGGAGGGCCUGGCGGUAUGGAUAUGGGCAACUCGGAUUGGGGCAUGCCGCCGCAGAGCAAGCUGCCCCCGAACGGUAACAAAAUGAAUGCGCUUGAGAUUAUACGCUGCAGUAAACCGUACCGGCAGCUGUGCGAAAUGGGCUUCAAGAAGGAGGACGUCGAGAGUGUCCUGCGGCACACGAACAUGAACGUGGAGGAGUCGCUGGAGAUGCUGCACCGUAGCAGCGGCGCCGGUGGCUCGGAUUGGUCACGGCGACCGGACGGCCAUGGUGGGUUCGGAGCUGGCGACCAGUUUGUCGGUGGCGGUGGAGUCAGUGGGCGCUUUGCGGCGGCUGCAGCCGGUGUUGGUCCGAUGGCGUUCCAGCAGAACAAUCAAAACAACCUUGGUGGCGGCGUUUUCGGAGGCGGCAACGGAUCAGCGGCCGGCGCUGGUUCCUUCAACAGCAUGAAGUUUGGUGGUGGCGCAGGUCACGGAGGAGCUGGCGGUAACGGGGGUGGUCCCGUCGGAGGGGUUGGUGGUGGUCCACCGGGUGCAGGGGCCGGAGUGUUCGGUGGCCAACAGCAGCAGCAGCAGCAGCAGCCGGGUGGAGCACUCGGAGGUGGCGGCGGUGGUGGGCUGAAUCAUCCGAACGCACAAUCGCAACAAAUCUCGAACCAUCAGCUUCGUCUGCUGGUACAGCAAAUACAGCUGGCCGUCCAGAACGGGUACCUGGAGAAUCAGAUUCUCAACCAACCGUUGGCGCCUCAGACGCUCAUGCUACUGAACCAGUUGCUGACCCACAUUAAGCAAUUGAACGUAAUGCAAAACAACUUGAGUCGCACCGGUGGUGGUGGUGUGAACGGCGUACAAAUGUCCAUUGCCAUUAGCAAGCUGAAGUCACAGAUAACCAGCCUGCAGAAUCAAAUCAACAUGCAGCAGGCCAACUAUCUGAAGCAGCAGCAGCAGCAGCAACAGCAGCAGCAACAGCAGCAGCAACAGCAGCAGCAACAGCAUCAGCAGCAACAGCACCAGCAGCAACCGCCCCAUCCCGGCAGCUUGAAUGCGGCCAACGUGAACGUAUCGGCCAUAGCAGCCGCCACCGGUGGCAGCGGUCAUCCGGGCAACGAUCUCUUCCGUGCACCGUCCGAUCUGGCCGGUCUGCCGGGUAGCUUUGCGGACAUGGCGUUGAAGGACAGCGGUGGCGUACCAUUCCCGUCUACUGGCAGCACUAGUCAACAGUCGCGGCUGCAGCAGUGGAAGCUGCCGACGAACAGCGCCACACCGGCCGGUCUCGACAAGGAUGGUUCGGAUCUGACCGAUUUUGUUCGUGCGCCCGGUGCAAGCUCCAAGUCGGGUCCAUCUGGAUCGGGCAUUGAUGAUGGCACUUGGUCUAACGGACGUAGCAAUCUGGGCGAUGGUUGGCCGGACUCGCAGGACAAGGAUUGGCCUGGCAGCAACGAUGCGUUCAGUGAUCUCGUUCCGGAGUUCGAACCCGGUAAACCGUGGAAGGGUACUCAAGCGACGCGAAUUGAGGACGAUCCAACAAUCACACCGGGCAGCGUUGCCCGCAAUCCCCUAUCGAUCGCCGCAGCCAAGGAGUCGAAUCUGUUCGGUGGUGGUUCGGGCGCUAGCAACAGCAAAUCCUCGCCGACGGAAUCGCGCUGGAGCUACGAACUGUCCGGUGGCGGUGCCAACGUUGGUGGUGGCGUACAGGGCGGCAACUAUGGUGGUAAGGUGCAGAAGAACCCUUGGCAGGAUCCGAAUACGCCGACCUUGCCGCCAGCGGACUUGUGGGAAACUCCGCUCGGUGGUGGCAACGGUGGUAAGGGGCGUAGCGCCGGUAUGAUGGGCGGCAUCGGUAAGCCGGGCGUUGGCAAGAUGGAUACGAACGGUUGGAACACGCCGAGCAGCCAGGCCGGUGGUGGCAGCAAUACGUGGAACAGUGGCGCUCCUUCCGCCAACUCGUGGUCAUCCACGUGGAUUAUGCUCAAAAAUCUAACCGCACAAAUUGAGGGUUCAACCUUGAGAACGCUGUGCCUGCAGCACGGUCCAGUAGUAAACUUCCAUCUCUACCUGAACCACGGCAUUGCCCUGUGCAAGUACGGCACGCGCGAGGAAGCGCAGAAAGCACAGCUGGCACUGAACAACUGUCAGCUGGGCAACACGACCAUCUGUGCUGAGAUACCCAACGAAAGCGAGAUACAAUACAUCCUGCCCCAUCUCGUCGGUACUAGCAACGGUAUGACGAACGGGUUGACUACCGGCGGUGGCCAGAACUGGCGGCUCAGUGCUGCCGCUCAAUCGCAACCGCUGGUUGGUCGGUCCAACUCGGUGGUUCAGGAUACGUGGAGCUCGAACUCGUGGGGCACUGGCAACGCUAGCUCGAACCUGUGGAACACCCUCGACGGUGGGCCCGGUGAUCGGGGCACGCCGGCCAACCUGAACUCGCUGCUGCCGGAGAGUUUGCUCGGCACGGAACUGAACUGAUGAUUGCGAAACAACAGCACCAUCGCUGCUGAACGCAACUAACCAACACAAUGUAAACAACCUGGUUGCUCGAAAUCCAUCACUGCUACCGUCUCUCCGACCUCCGACCGAAGUCCGAAGAAGGAAGUUUUAACUCUGCAUACGCUCUACCGAGGUGAUAUACUAAUUACGAACACGAUAGCAGGACGCGGCGCGUGGCCCCCAGAGCUGAGAGCUCUUCUCAUCGUCCGUUCACCGUUGCUCCUGCGCGAGAUGGAUGGGCAGAAGAGAUGACACACAUCCCAAAAACAAGCAAGAAAACAUUAGCAAUUUGCUCCUAAGAGAUAGUUAAGAAUUUAAAUAGUUUUAGCAGAAGCCUGCCCGCGAAGAGUCAGUCAACAAGCACGCGCACUUUCGUCGUAAUUCCGUGUACAAUAUUGUGCGAGAAUGUGUGCGUGUGAGGGAAGGGAGGAAGGCACAUUAUUACUGCUGGUGGGUGGUAGCUCAGCUGGGCUGCUGUGCUGUUGAAGCAAAGCCUCCACGGCAGACCAGCACGAGGAAGGAAAGGUAAAGGUGUGUGCGUGCAGGUGGCACAAACAAAAAGCAAAAAAAGAAACCUAAAAAGUGUCUUUUGAAAGUCAGCGGUUUCGCGUCUGGCGUAGGUAUUAAGGUGUUGUGAAUGUUUUUUAUCAUUUUUUAAACAAUGUAAUCUUAUACAAUUUAAAUAAUAUAUUAUAUAUAUAUAUUUGAAGAUAGUAUGUGGAUGUGAGGAAAGAGCGCCGCGAGAAGCAGCGCGAUUGAAUGAUUGAUUGGCUAGAGGAAGCAAACAAGCGAACCCUCCCCCCAACACAAACAAGACAUGGGAAGUGGCAUAAAUGGUGUAAUAUACAGCAAGGAAGAAAGUAGUCUUGUGUGGCGCGCGCGACACAAGGCAAUUCCGCUUAUCAUCUAUCUCGAGCCUCCGCAAGAUACAUUUCAAGUCAAAGAGAAAAAUCUAGUUCUAGUAGUUUGCAAGCCGAUGCAGUAGAAGAACAAACUGAACCUGUUGUUUUGUUGAUUUUUGUUUAACGAAAGAUACAAAAAGAAAAGAACUCUUCCCCACCAUCCAUCCCCAUUUUCUCUCCCACGCCCCCGCCUCAAUGAGCAACAUUUCCUUCCUUCCUUCCGCCUCAUCGGCGAGAAAAUCUCAACGAUGGUUUAAUAAGUAGUAGAAUAAUGUAAGCAACAACAUUGUGUGCGUGUGUGUGUGUGUAUGUAUGUGUGUAGUCGUGAGUGAAACAAUAGUAGGGUGUGAGUGUUUUGCGGUGAACAGUAAUAAGCUAAUAAGUAACGGAAGUGUGCUACAAACUGAAAUCGAAAGCUAAUAAUGUUAUUAUGGUAUAUAAGUUAUUGAGUACUCGAUUUAUAUACAACCAGAUAAUAGUAGGAAGGAGAAUAUUUAGCAUUUGGUCCUGUGAAGGUGCGACGUUUCUCCGUGUUUUGUUUUAUUAAGCUUAACAAUUAUCUCCAUCCACUUACUUCCUUUUUUCCAAUGUGUGGAGGAUCUCUGCCUCCCAAGUUUUUUUUUAUUUUUUAUUUUUUCCUGCCCUGUUCUGUCCUGUUCUGCCAACAGCAGCAACAGUAGGAAGCAGGAUGGGAAAACGCUUGAAGGAAAACGAGUUCUAGCUCUAACUAGUAAUUAGUGGGCGAGAGAGAGGAAAAAAAAUGGAAGAAGCAAGAGCUGUGGAAUAUGAAAUACAGAUAAACAUACAUAUAAAUAUAUCUAUAUAUAUCUACAUAUACAUUAAGUAUGGAUAUAUCAAAAGAGAAACAACAACAAACAAAAAAGAAACAUUUCCUUUUUAUGACGCUUGUAGAAUGUUGGCUGUUUUGUGAUGAUGAUGAUGAUGAUGAGGGAGCAGGAAGACAAAAGCACAGACACACACACACACACUCACACACUCUCAGCCAAACGAAAGCAAAUUUAAAAGAAAAAGUAGCUGUAGUAGUAUUUAGUGGUAGGUCGUGUAGCGCACUAAGUAAAACAAAAAAACACCGAAUCCCCCUCGGCCCUGCGGCGGCGAUGUGUGAAGAAGUGUCGUAAAUCACAAACGCUGUAGCGAUAAGCAUGUAAGACUAGUAUCUAAGGAAAGUACCGUAACCUAGUGGCUAAGCAGGAAGGAAAAACACAACAAACAUGAGAGGAAAAAAAUCGCAAAACAAAAGAAGAAAAAAAAUACGGAAAAAUGAUAAAAUCAAAAACGAAAACAAAAAAAAAGAAUGAAACAUAGAUUUACAAAAAACAAAAACAUAGUCAAGAAGAAACAUCAAGGGAAAGAGAGAGAGAGAGAGAGAGAGAGCAAAUCAAUCACCUUCUUAUUUCAUAUUGUCGUGCGGCCAUAGUGCUGCGGCAUGUUGCGCGCCGACGGUGGUGUCUCCUAUGCGUGUUCGUGUGUGUGUGUGUGUGUUUGAUUGUUUGCUUGUUGGUUGUUUUUAUUUCUUAAAGUAAGACCAACGGUCCUAACCAAAUGACAGCUAAAAAGCCAGUAGCUUAAACGUUGGAGCUGGGGAGACACGCUCACGCUUGCUCAUGCUUUUUUUUCCAACUUAGACUAAAGCACAAGCAGCGCAAAUCAGACGGCUCGGUGCAUCCGUGUCGUGUACCUCUCGCCAGAAGGUAUGUCUCUAUGUUGUUUUAACUUUAACUACGUUUACUGUUUACUGCUCGGUUUUACGGCGCCCCUUUUUGGCGGCGUUUUUUUUUUUGUUUCUUUUCUUUUUCUGAAAUAACUCUGUGAGAUUAACGAAAUAAAAGACCUACAGGAGCGAAACGAAAACUGGUAAUAAGGGCGACGCAGCAGAAUAGUGACUAAGUGUAGUGUGGAAUUUAAAAGACAUGGUAUGCCCUAUCGUCCCUGAACACCACAGAACAAAGAAACCAAGACGAAAGGGGGAGGGGGAUGCCAUGCCCUUAUGAAAGGCAAAAUCAAAAAAACAAAACCAAAUCGACCAGAAGCAAAACAGGGGAAAGACAUAGGGGCGCGAGCAGUUGGUCGGUGGUUUUUAACAGAAAAAAGUAUGAAAACAAAAGUUUAUUAGUCGUGGACCUCUAGUUUUUAGACACCAUUGAAUUGAAUUGAUUUCGUUUCUCACUCACACUAUACACCGUAAGAAGAUCACAGCGCUUUAUUCUAGCCAUAGGAAGAUGUUUCUUUUCUUCUGUUUCCCGUUGUACGUUUUGCGUUAAUGCAUCAACUCAAAGUCAAGGAAUUUUGUGCAACGAAUGCGGAAUUUGUGGUUGAACAAAGACAACAAAACAAAAAGAAACAAAUAGGAAGCAAACGUGAGGAAACAAUAAACAAUAACAAACUCGAAACGCUUGAUCGGAAAACUUUCAAAAAGCCAUUGUGUGUGUGUGUAGUCGUCCGUCGGGAGGAAAGGAAAAGAAAGGAGAAGAGUUAGGGAAGUUUUAGGGAAUAAAAUGAAUGCACAAGAGAGAGAGAGAGAGAGAGAGAGAGAGAGAGAGAGAGAGAUAAUGAGGAAGAGUUGCUAAAAAAAAACCAUAGUAAAACCAAAUUUCUGUUCCUAGCGAGGAGUGCGGAAACCGGCGAGCAGAAUGAUUGUGAUACCGUGCGUGCGUGUGUUUAUUCGAGUCAAAAGCCUUAUGUUGUCUCGCUAUCGCUUUCGAGGGGUGCUAAUAAUGUGAAUUGCAGCCGUUCUUCUUUUUUUUAGCAGGCCAUGAUUAAAGCAAUUAAGUAAAAGAACAACAACAACAAAACCAGCGCAAUUGUUUCAAACAUGUGGACGAAAAAAAUAUUCAGUCACCAAAUGGAAGGCAAUGGUCUGUUAGUAGUAUGCUGCGUUUAAGCUUUUUAAGCCUUCCCUCCCCCCCCAUAGGGUGGUGUUCUUAUGACCGGUGUGUGCGUGUGUGUAACCUGAAUGAAACGACGCGCUGUUGCGUCGUUUAGACUGAAACAGGAAAACUCUAAGUAACGAAGCUUAAAUAGUUCAGUAUGCGUUACGAGCCGUUUUUUUUUUAAAGUAAGUGCCCAUCUUACGUUUAUGUAAUAGCUGCUGAUUCAGAAGAUGAUUAUAAAUUAUUUAAAACACCAUAUACAUACAUCUAUAUAUUACGUUUUGUAUUUGCAUUCCGCGUAUGCUCGUUUUUCUUUCUAUUAAGUGCGCGUGUGUGUGUGUUUGCUAAAGCCAUACAUAAUGCAAGAGUGUGUGUGUAUGUGGGUACGGCUAGAAAGACCAGAAUUAAGAGGACUAGCAAACGAAGCAAAAUAAAAAAAACUUAAAAAUAAUCUCAACCAAAGUACGAACGCCACCAUGCGAAAAGCCGGGAAAAGCGAUAAAAGAUGAAUAGGCGGGAGUGGCAAGAUUUCACUCGCUUCCAUAUUACAAGAGAAGGAGGAGGUCUGUGGAGUCUCGUUUGUCAUCCACCGGCAAAGCAAUGUAUGAAGUGCCUAAUUAAGUGUGUUAGUGACGAGAUGAGCAUUUGAUUCUUUCGACGAACGAGCAAACAAACAAAUGAGUGAGCAAAGGAAACAAACCACACAUAUACACACACACACACACAUACACUUGGCGCACCAUUUUGUAAUGCCAUUUCGUUGUUAAUGUUGUUUCAUUCUGUUUCUUUGGGGCAAAGAGUGCAAUCGAUCUUUAACUAAGUAUUUUGUUGUAUGAAAACACUACCAACACCACCACCACCAUUUGCAUGUCCUGGCAGGGGAGUGAGUUAGUUAGUUAGUAUAUUGUUUGCGUUUGGUUGUGUUGCUGUAACGCCAAUACUCUUUUGAAGUUCCAACCGGGAAGGCACAAGGCUAUACACACACUUCCACAGUCAGACUCUCUCUCUCUAUCACACACACAAGCAUAAUUCCAUAAAGAAAGGAAAACUCCCGGAUUGCUUUCUUACGUGUGUGUGUGUGUGUGUGUGUUGCACAUUCUAUAAUCGCCAGCUUGGUUGACAUCUUCGGGCACUGGAAGAAGAUACCGCCGCGCUAGGUUUUUAGGUAGCAGGUAAAAGCUAUUAUUACGCUUUAUUAAAAGUCAAACAGCUUUCAUGUCAUACACACUCCGCCAGAUACACUCCGGAAUGCUCUAGUUUUCUAGCGAUAAGGACAGCAGCAAUUAAGAAAAACCACAUAACAAACAGAAGAAAACAAGGAUAUGAAUCUACGAUCCAGCCCUUCGGGACAAAGAUGUCUUCGCAGACACGGGACGGAAGCGGGACGGAUUGUAUUGAAACCAGUGAAUUUAAGGUAAUAAUGAUAUGUUUGUCAGUAGUGAUCGUGUGUGUGUGCGCGUGUGCGUGCGAUCGUUUAGGUGCAAAUAAUGGGGGAAGAAGAGUGAGGCACAAAGAGCGUGAUCGAUAUUCCAGUUGCGGAGUCCUAGAAAUCGCCAGGCAAUAUAACAUAUAAUGGUAAACAUGCACAAUCCGUACUCAAAAGUAUCGUCCCUAUGUAUGUCCCUCAGUUAGUAGUACCCUAGUGUAAGCAGUAGCAAUAUAGGUGUAGUAACGCCCAUACUCUAGUUGCUAAGUUAUCGCGUGUAAGCAUCGGCCACUACCAAUCAAGAGAAGAGGAAGGAGCGUUUAGUGCUAAGCGUAAGCAACAGAAGCGCCAUUCUAAGCGAGAAGUCCCGUUUAGAGUCCAUACGGUACGGAAAACUCUCCACAAAACACACACACACACAUACAUCGCGUUUGCAAAAUCGAUAGUAUCAUCAUCCUUACCACGAGAGCCUCACUGGGCGAUGUGUGCGUGUGUGUGUGCGUGUGUCUGAAGUCAAAACCAAAACUCCCAAAGUGCCCAGUUCAGAGGAGAGAUGGAAGGAAUUAUUACAAUGGUAUGUGGAAACUUAUCUAAGAUGAUAAAUUUGUGAUAUACUAUUUUCCGUACAGAGCGAACAUACACACACACAGCAAAACACACAUCUGUUGGAUUCAUGAAUAAAACGUCCUAAAUGAGAAGCUAAACUGUGAGCACUGUAUCACUAAAUACAUUUACCUCGAGAAGGGUUUUCGUGUGGGAAGGAAUCGAAAAUCGAAUCAGAGUGCAGUUAGACUUUAGCAGGUAAGAGGCAGCAGGAAGGAAGAAGGAUCUAGGACGGCCAGGGAUCUAGGAACAAAAUGAUGGUGCUGCUCGUUUAAUUUGUAAAACCCAAAUUUAUGCUCAAUUGUGUAUGCAAAACCACCGCCAUCAUUCACUCUCUGGUGUGUUUUUGUACUACUCUAGGAUGACUUGCUAACGGCCGUGAAGGAGCUAACAAAAUGAAAAGAAGUAAACUUAACUUUCUGUCCCUCACUUAACGUUGCAUCACUUUUGAUAAAGAAGCUGAUUAGGUCAGACUUGCUAAGCCACCGAAACUUGUGUUCCACAGACGCGUUCCGCUUUGGAGGAUAAAGCAGUGAGCUAAGUGUGCGCACUUACCUGUUUAGUUGUAUUUUCCUUUCCUUAUUGUGGUAGUAAUCAAGGGGAUUCCUAAAUUCCUUUUCCGUCUUCCAAACAGUUUGGUGUCGUCUUUCCAGCCACAUCUCCUUUUCUUGUUAUGUAAAAGCAAAGGUAAAUACUUUUGCCAUGAAGAAACAUACUUUAUUCGUGUCCCUCCUUUUAGCCGUUACACUGACCGUAAUAGUAGCAUAAUACUAGGAGAGGAGAUUCGAGUUUUCGGUUUUUGUUGGUUCUUGUUCAGUUGCCAGUGCCAAACAGCGUAAACACGUUAUCCUUGCAGACAGCCGGGCAGACGUGUAGAUAGGACAAUUUUUAGCUAGCUUUCUUUUAGCCGCUUUGAGUGUGUGUGUGUGCCAUUUUCUUCGGAAACGUCCUGGCGGCGCACCUACAGAACCAGGGAAUUACCAUUUAUUUUUGUUUUGCUUACGAUACAUCCUCACCCAUCUCAGUAAAACUCAGUAUAUCUCAGUGUAUGUGAUGCGGAUGACUCUACUAGUGCAAUACUUACCCCGUAUGUAUGUGACUGCUGUGCGCGACUGGCAGCAGGCCGUGAGAAGCCGGAUGGUGGCAACUAGAGGAAUACCGAGCAGUGGACCUUUUUGUUUUACCGUGAAAGCUGCAAACAUUAGAAAAAAGCACGUGCAGUCAGCUCAGGCGUUGUACAACAGUAUACAGCCUGUUAUAGAUUUUUUUUAAAGUUUCCUCUUGCUAAUAACUAUAUGGUGAGCGGUGGUGUCCCGGAACGAUAACAAAUGACUUAACAACAAGCCUCUACUCAAACUAAGCAGGACUCAACAGCACGAUUCAGGGUAUGGAAAGUAUCUCCUAACACACACUCACGCACGUCUGAACACACACACUCGCAAAGUCAAGGGCUACUAAGUUACUGCUGAGCUGUCAAUCGUCCUCGUGCAAACUGUCAACCGAACAAUCGAGAAGGGAGAUAGUACAACAAACAGUCAACGAUCAUGCAUGUGAUAAAGAGUUUUGGAAAAGCAAGUAUCCUAACGAAGGGAACUAAGAAGCAGGCAAUAUGGCGGCAAUAUGGAAAAAAAUACCACCAUGAUUAGGUUUCAAAUCAGAUUAUAAAUUGGCAAACAAACAAUUUCCCCCUUUUGAAAGGGUAAAAACGGCAAUUGGAAUGCUAAACUGGAAAACUAUAAGUAGCAACACACGUUUACGUUUACGAGUUUUCUUAUUAGCUGUUUCGUUCGUUAUCUCUCUCUCUCUCUCUCUCUCUCUCUCGCUCUCUUCUUUAGUUACAAAACAAAAAAUUUCGAAACAAAGAGCUAAGUACUAGUGAAACACAUUCCAAAAGAAACAUACAAUCACAGGAAGAAGAAAAAAGUAUGCUAAAAGAAGAAGCGUGCGCAGCAUCGAAUAAUCGUUACGUACAGAAGAGAAGCUUGAACCCAACUAAGCUGAUGAUGAUAUUUAAAAGCUGUCCAACUUGAACAUUUACGUGCUACUGCAACACACGAUAGGAAACAGGAACCCUCUGUAUUGCCUUAUUGCGGUUACAUGUUACGAUUAUGUUACGAUCGUCCGUAUCUUUCAAUCUGCAGCCUAAAAACACACCAAUAUGAACUUGUAAAUCUUUUGCUUUAUUUCUUAUUUUAGGCAAUAUAGAAUAUGGAGGAAAAUAGGGAAAGUAGAAAAAAUCAAUUCAAAAUUGAAGAACAAACAGGACGAUAAAAAAAAUUAAGAAAGGAUAACACUAGAAUCAAUAAUACAAAGAAAAUAGGUUGACACCUCUUAUUUGUGAUAAAAAUUCCAAAACCGAACAGAAUCAACGUGUACACACACACACAACACACUGACAAGCACAAAAACAGGGCAGUUAACCGAAUUAAUGCAAUGCAAUUAAGUUUACUAAAUGUACAACAAUACGACUCUAAGCUCUUGUUUGGCACCUUAUGAAUCUUGAAACGGUUUAGCAUAAUGGAGCAUACACAGGGACCGAGUCACAUCGAGCGCUCCUUACCAAACAACAAUCAUUAGCAGUUGGUAUGUCUUCUGUGCGCGAUAAGCUUUCUGUUUGCUGUCGUUAUUGCAGAGUGGACCAAGUGAUCCACUUUCCCAAUGUGCUUUAAAACCUCAUUUGAAGUAUUUAAACCAGCUGUUCACAGAAACCAGAUUCCUUUUUCGUGUGAGGUGAGGUACACACAACACUGAAUGCUGAUACUACUUUCGUGGGAAGAGAAACCGUAUGUACUUGAACGAAUGUGCAACCUCUAAUAAUAGUUUAAGGCUUUAAUUGAUUUAGCUUUACUUUACUGCAGCGCCUUAAACGGACACUGAAGCUCAACCAACCACACACCCCCCACAAACAUAAUGUUACUCACAAUUCCUUCCUCGCGCUGCCGACUCGUCGUUGGAUUGCGAUUAUUAUUUACAAGCAGUGAAAUUACGUUCCGUUCCUAAAAACAGCCCUCUUCGAAGCAGGAAUUAAGAAGGAUAUUGUGCAAGAGACAGGAAACUAGUAUGAAAAAGAGAAAAACAAAAGAAAAAGAGAAGCAAAAGUUAAAUUAAGAGAGUAAAUAAGCUACACACAUAAAGAAAACAAUGGCAACAAAUGCAAACAAGAGUGAAACACUUUUAUUUUAAUGAAAAACAAACAAAAAAAGGCGAAAUGGGAAAAGAACAACUCAAACAACAGACAAACAAACACGUGGUCUGCAUAUCUUUUACAAUCCAUUUUGUUUUUUUUUUUUUCAAUUAGAUAAAUUGAUCCGGAUGCCAUCCAUGGAUUGGAGUGUGGGAUUCUCUUUUCUUCUAGUUGUUUGUCUUUUUUAUUGUUUAGAUCACACGCACACACACAUGUACACUGUAUGUUAUACAGCAUAUUGUGUUUAUCCACAGGUGAAAAAAUGAAAGCAAUUUUAGAAGUAGCAAAAAUUAAACAAAACAAACACAAAACGGGAAGAAUUUAUUUAUACACCAUAUCUUUGUAGAAAUAUUCCAUCUUUAAGGUAACAAGCAAAAAAGCAAAAGCAAAAGCGAAACAAAACAAAAAAUUGCCAAGAUCAAUCAAAUCGCAAAUACUAUUAUAUUAAGCAUGAAGAAAGCAUGUGUCUUAUCAAACUCCAAAUCCCAAAAAACAAACAAACAAACAAACGAACCUGCAAACGACAAACACACGCAAAUAGAUCAGGCGUGUGUUUUCGUUGCGGUUUUGCUCAAUAAUUUGUUCCUUUUUAUGCAUGUUUUGUUUUUUUUUACAUUUUCAUGAUGCAUUCAAUUUUUACAUUCUAUUAGUGUGAAGGGGGUGCAGUAUGCAAAUUUGAAUGUAGAUUUAUGUUUUUCUUCUCAUACUAUUACCGUAAUGGUUGGUGAUGGUUGGGACACUUUGGCGGGAACUUUAGAUAUCAAUUCACAUGUUGGGCUGGUUCAUUUAGCGAAAAAAAAUGAAAAGAAUUCAAACAAGCAAGAUCAGAUCUCACUUCCGUCUGUGAGGGCGCACCAUCAACAAACGACCGCUAGAUGGCAGUGGUAGUGUCCUUAGCAGAUGGAUAAAAUCGCUCCUUUUAAAAUGACAGUUGACAAUUGACCCAAAAUGACAGUUGACGGUUAGCUGGUGCACAUGUGUUGUUUUCUUUUUCGUUUCAUGUUGAAAUAGAUCGUGGGCAGAAUGGCGCCGCAGCUAUUACUAUCAGGCCCUCCCCCCCGACUCCGGGUUUACUUUAUCUCUAUUGCGAUUUGUGAUUGAUCAUCCUUCAAGCAUCGCUUCGCGUGUGUGUGGAUGUGUAAGUCAAUGAAGGAAAAACAAACUAGGUGCCAUUAUGUUUAUUGUAUUACAAGGUGUACGUUUCCGUUAGUGCAUUAUUACUGCUCCUGCGUUAGCUAGUAGAUUUGAAAGGAAAACAUACGAGACGAGAUAACGAAACGAAAACUUCAAUUUGCGGUAAGCCACUGUUGCACCACGGGUUCGGAAGACCGAUCCGACCGACUUUAUCGGUCGGCGGCACGUUUGAUGAUGGCACCGAGAAGCGGGAAGAUUCUCUGUGGUGCUGUGUGAUUCGCUCAAACUGCCCAAAAGUGUGCUGCACAACAAAAAAACAGGAAGGAAAUGCCUUUCCUUAAGACGGAACGAGAAGGACAUUUUGAAGGCACGCUAUAUACACACACACAUACAAAUAUAUAUUUUUUUCUUAGCAAAUGAAAAACGGGGAAACUCGGGGGUGACAAAAUGGAAGCAAAAAAUAAUCCAGAGAAGCGUACAUACAAAAGCCCUUCCUCUUGAUACUCAAAAGCAAGCAAACACUCUACUAAAACUCACCUACAGAGAGGGAGAGAGAGAGAGCGAGAGAAAGGGGGAUAAGAGAAGAAAAACAAAUGCAGCAACCAAAACCAGAUGGAACAAUACAAUAAUGAUAAUAUGAUAACGAAACAGUGAUUAAUAAACGCUAAUCGAUCUAAGCAAUGAAACUUAAAAAACUGAGUAAAGAUAUAGUGUAACACUUGUAAUACUGGUGAAAACAAAAAAAAUCAUUAGCUGUGUAAAGCGAAGUGUGUAGUGCAGGCAAAAUUUGUACAGCAGUCGAGAUGGACUGAUGGAUAAAUCUAUAAUUUUCUGUCAUUCUUGUGUGUGCUCCACAUCGUCUCCCGUGCGUA